AUGCCCCGAUUUGAUUCGCGCGCAAAGCUCAAGUCACGACUUGGUUGCGCAAAUCUAUCGCAUCGCGCGGCCGCCACCGGCAUUCCAGCCCCAUUCAGCAAGGACUCGAGUCAAGAAGGAUACGUGACACAGGCUGCAGCAAACGAAACGCCAACGUCGCAUCGCGAGCCCCCCCUCGGCCCAACUAUUACCUUUUGCAUCAUUGUUUCUUCCAUUUGUGCCGCCAACUUUUUGCACCGUACCCUCUGUGAAUUCCUCGACGCCGCCAGUACCGAUCGAUUAAUUCCAGUUUCAAGGUUAUCGUUACGAUUCCUUAUCGCGCAAGCCUGCUUCCGCUUCUGCAGACCCGGCUCCUAUAAUACACAUUCCCCGCGUCCGGACAGACGGCAAUCCUCCGUCAGCAAACACCUGUUCUACCUCGUCAUUCUGCCAGCUGCCAGCUGCCAACUGCCAACUGCAAACACAGCCGGUGCUUUCGCCCAACAGGCCUGCCCAUCCAAGACUCCUUGCCUGCUAGUCGCAACUUGCCGUCACCGCCUGCACCCAUCUGAGUCGUCGUCCUCUUCUGGCGACACAUGGCCUUGCGAUAACUCUACUACUUUGCUGCUCGUAUAUCUGUCACUCGUACUGGAGCGCAUUGCUCGACACUCGAUUUAA